ACAUCGUUGUCUCCCGCCCUCCUUCUCUGUCUCUCUCUCUCUCGCUUUUUCUCUCUCUCUCUUUCUCUGAGCAGAGGCCAUGAGUUGCUCUACCUCUCGCAAGAGUCUCAGUAAGGCAGCAUGCCUCCGCAUCCAGAAGGAGCUAAUGGAAUGGGAGGCUAGUCCUCCUCCCGGCUUUAAGCAUAAGGUCUCCGACGAUCUUCAGAGCUGGGUCGUUGAGGUGGUCGGGGCUCCCGGAACGCUGUACGCAAGCGAAACAUACCAGCUUCAGCUUGAUUUUCCCGAGAAUUAUCCGAUGGAGGCGCCGCAGGUGAUUUUUCUCCAUCCGGCGCCUAUGCAUCCGCACAUUUACAGUAAUGGUCAUAUUUGCUUAGAUAUCCUGUAUGAUUCCUGGACCGCAGCCAUGACUGUGAGUUCUAUCUGUGUCAGCAUUCUUUCUAUGCUCUCAAGUUCCCCUGCAAAGCAACGCCCUGCGAAUGACAAACGCUACGUGAGGAACUGCCGCUUUGGUAGAUCUCCAAAGGAGACGAGAUGGCUGUUCCAUGAUGAAAAAGUGUAGAUGAUGCUGAAGCAAAUCCUGGGUAGACCAUGGUCUCCCUAAAUUUCAUUUCAAAUUGCAUACUACUAGUUAUUUCAACACUGCCAAUCUCAAGUAUGUCUAGGAAUAUACAAAUCUCCUAGUAUAUUGUCGGAGAACGAUGUACUUAACAACCAAUGUACUCAAUUGAAAAGAUAAGAUAAUAUUUCUCAAAUAAGUCUUGUGAUCUCUGUAAUCUC